AUAAAAAACAUUAUCAACAUACAUGUUCAAAGAAAAAGAAGCAUGCGAGUUUUGUGUCGGUAUUUAUUCUAUUUUGGUUAAUUUAUUACUUCUAUAAUUAUUGAUCAUUUAGUUGAACUAAUCCACAAUGGAACUGCAAGAAGACGGUCUAGGAAUUAUACGUGUAAAAGACCACAUUAUUCUUACACGAGGUGAAGACCAUAUGCUGUGUCAGAUCGAGAAUAACAAACCCAGAGUGAAAUUUUUCAACACCCCUAUUGAUCUCUGUAACAUCAUAGAUAAGCCAUUUUGGUCAAUAUUCAGAAUGGAGCGAGUCAAACACGAUAAUUACUACCGAUUACUGUACUGCGAUCCAUCUCAAGUCAACGUUAGCGUCGUCGAAAGCACCGAAAAAGGAUUAGAUAAUAGAUCGAUCGAAGAUGAUAACAACGCUCAAGGACUUUCUAAAGAAGAAAUCCUCGACAUGAAAAGUAACGGACAAUCUAGCAACGAAAUACUAAGCGAGCUGAUUAAAAAUAGUAAGAGCUUUCACAGGAAAACCGAAUUCGCCCAGGAGAAAUACGUGAAGAAGAAAUCGAAAAAGUAUUCCGAUUUCAUCCAAGUUUUGAAACCAGAUAUCAGAUUAUUAGCCAAAGUACUUCUUCGUGGUAACGUGACCGCAGUACCUUUCAUGGGACUUGGAGUAGAAACAUUGACUCAAAUCAGAACAUCACUGUCUCUUCAACCCGACGGAAAGUAUAUAAUUUAUGAAAACAACUGCCACGGUUUGAUAAUAGCGUUUUUACUCAAGUCUUUGGGUCCCGAAGGUAAACUAUUGAACGUUAUAACGCCGAAUUAUCCGUUUAAUAAACUGAAAGCGGUGAAAGCUAUGCAAUUUUCGCAAGAGAAGCAAUCGCAAAUGAUGCACAUCAGAUCCUGCGUGUUUCUCAAGUACUCGAAAUAUCACGGAAACAUCGAUAGUGACUUUAAUACCGAUACAGAUGCCAAUGAAGAUAACCCUAAACGUAAAAACAACGCCGAUGAUAAAGCGCGUGAAAAAAGGACUAAAGAUUUGGAACAGCAAUCCGAAGAAGUUAGAAAGCUGACCAUAGAGCUAGCCGAUGGUUUGGUUUUCGCGUGCCGAGAAAUCGUGACAAGUUCCCACGUGGCUACGAUGCUACAGUUUCUAGCACCCUCAAGACCAUUCGUCGUCUAUUGCCAAUGGAAAGAACCUUUAGUGAAAUUAUUCAACGAGUUGAAGCAACGUAACGAUGUCACGUGUUUGAGGAUAUUCGAAAAUUCUUCCAGAAUCUAUCAAGUUUUACCUGAACGAACCCAUCCAAAUACGAUGAUGAGUAGUAGUAGCGGAUACCUGUUGACUGGUUUCACUAUAGAAUGCGAAGAAGGGAGUAAUGCUGUGAAACCAACUUUACCUACUCCAAAUGAGGAAACGAGUGAAGCAAAUGAAAGUACAGUUUGACAACGUUUCGUUAUUUAAUCUUUUAAAUUUAAAUCUGUAUUUUUGUAUUCGCCAUUCAUCGUGUGUUUUGUACGAAUCAAGUUUGUUGAAAAAUUUUAAUAAAUUAUUUUAAAUAAAAA